AUGUCCGCCACCGUCCAGACCCGAGUCGUUGAUCUCGACCAGCUGAUUCCCCGUGUGGUUAAGAAGGACGUAGAAAUUCUUCUUCCAUGGGUCUAUGACCAAGCCAACAUUGCCCGGGGGACUCACUUGUUCGACUGGCCCGACGAGGAUCAUGAAUUUCGCUUCCUGUUCGAGCAGUUUUUUGCUUACCAGAUUGCUCUUACCCCCAAAUCAUCUAGCUCCAUUGGCCCUAUAACAUCCAAAGGGGAGAUUACGCUGCCCCGGAUGAACUGGAAGGUGGCGGGGCGAGAGUCCCAUCGCUAUUUCGUUUCCUCACAGGGCUUCAUACUACGGAUUUUGAUGCAGAUGGUCCAUAGGAAGCUCAAAAGAGUCAUGAAACCCGAACAGACGCAGGGUCUCGAGAUUCGGUCCCCUAAUUUGAUAUCAUCAUCAUCCAAGUAUGUAAUAGGGCGUCAAAUGUAUGCCAGCAGGCCGGUGGGUCAGGUGACAGUUGGUCCCCGUGACAAUUCACUGCCGAUCAUCUCUUAUACCGGGUGGUUCGAGGGACAGACCUGGGAAGGGUUCGUUGGGGAAGUUCUCAGUGUCAUGCUUGGCCAGCUGGCAAAAACUUUUACCAUUCACAAGCAUAAUCAGGGGCUGCAGGAUCAGGAGGUCUUCGUGGUUGGCUUUUAUGGCCCUCAUAUUUACAUCGCCCGUGGGCAUUUCCCUACUGAUGAAAUCAGCAGGGUGCAUUCGAAAGGAUUAUCGGGCAACGAAUCCUUCGAACUGGAAUUUACGAGAGGGUAUAAUCCUUGCCAGAAGGAUGAUUGGCUAGAGGCUAUGCGGGCGCUGACAAGACUGUUUCGAUACCUCCUGAGUGGAACUUCAAAGGUUAGCGCCAUGCAAUGUUUCUUGUUAAAAUCUACCUCCACGGCGGAGGAUUCAUGAUGCACGUUGCAACCUAUCAUGGGCUGUGAAUACCCC